AUGGCCGCCUUUGUCGUGGAAUCAGGUGACGGCCCGGUUGAGAGCAUAUUAGCAUUUACGCAAUACCUAUACCCAGGCUUGCUCUUGCUUAUUCUGUUGCUCUUUGGAGCCAUUUACUCCAUAUACACAGCCAGAAACAGAGGAGAUGUUAUUGUUCCUACUGUCACAGGCCCUGGUGGCAAACCCUUACCUGUCACGAAGAAGCGAUCUGUUGGCGAUAAAUCUCAAGAAUCCGAUGAAAGAUUCUCUCCAGCCACCAGGGCGCUCUUUCAGUGGCUCUAUACCGCGGUAACCCUAACUUUCGUCGCCCAAGGCGCAGCUAUUGCCACACAUGCACUUCUUCAGAUAAGUCCUGACGGUGACCAUACCUGGUGGUGCGGCGAAGCCAAAACAGUCUACACCCUAGGCUCGGCUUUUCUGUAUCUAUAUGUGUUCAUCACAUUGUUUGAAAACAAACACCAGCCAGGACCAGUGUUCAUACUCACGUGGGUGAUUGCCCUGUGCAUGGAGAUUAUCAUCUUCACCUGCGAUGCCAUCAUCCUGUCCCAACCUCACAAGAUCAUGGUUCAUUUAGCCCCUGCUAGAUAUGUGACCGUCGACGACAUGAGUGAGUGGGACAUUAUUGAUCUGAGCCUGUCCUGUACUCGCGUGUGUAUGAUUGCGGGCAGUGUCGUGCUGUGGUUUACAUUGGCAUUAAUAGGCUGCCGAGCCGAACGUGAGAAAUGUAAGCGUGAGCAGGAGUACCAUUCCGAAGCCGAUGAGAACACACCACUCCUGAACCCAGACAUGAGUGACUACCGCACGAAUGGCCAUAGUGCAUCAGGCAUGAAUGGAGCUUGUGAUGGGCCCACUAGUGGCGAUUCGAGUUACGCCAUGGUUGACGACGACGCCGGGUUCUACCGCCCGGAGAAGCUCCCUCAGACAACCUGGUUGGAGUAUCUACGUGGUUAUUCUGUUUUCUUCCCCUAUAUGUGGCCGACAAAAAAGCUCAGGCUCCAAUUAAUCGUUGUUCUCUGCUUUAUCCUGCUUGUUCUACAAAGAUGGGUUAACAUCAUGGUGCCGUAUCAGAUUGGACGUGUUACCAAUGAACUCACAGAGCCACAUGAAUCUAACCCAAACGGGAAGGGCCUACAGAUGCCAUGGGCUUCACUUGGACUCCUUAUUUUGUAUAAGCUGCUUCAAGGUCCGUCUGGUCUUCUUGGAUCAUGGAGGUCCAUGCUAUGGAUCCCUGUUUCGCAGAAUGCGUAUCGAGCGUUGACCACGUCUGCUUUUGAGCAUGUGCAUUCGUUGAGCCUCGACUUUCACCUUGGAAAACGGACUGGCGAGGUUCUAUCGGCACUGAACAAAGGUGCCUCGGUUAAUUCAUUUCUUGAACAGGUUACUUUCCAGGUUUUCCCCAUGAUUGUGGAUCUAUUCGUAGCAAUCAGCUACUUUUACUUCAGAUUCGAUGCCGUUUAUGCCGUAAUUGUCUGCAUUGUCACAUUUUAUUACCUGCUCCUUACCAUUCGUCUCGCAUCUCAAACAGCAAACCAACGAAGAGCCAUGUCAAAUGCUGACCGAGAAGAAGAGGCGGUUAAAAAUGACUCUAUCAUAUCGUAUGAGACAGUUAAAUACUUCAAUGCGGAGGAGUUUGAAUUCAAUCGCUAUCGAGACGCCAUCAAAAACUUCCAGAAAGCCGAAGCUCAAGUUACCUGGAGCAUUAGCUCAAUGAACAUGUACCAAUCAUUGGUGUUCAUGACAGGGAUGCUAGCCGCUGUGAUGGUUGGAGCCUAUCAGGUCACACAAAAGCAACGUGAGGUUGGAGAUUUUGUCGCCCUCAUCACCUACCUUGGUCAAUUACAAGGCCCGCUGAAUUUCUUUGGCACCUUUUAUCGGACUGUUCAGCAGGCCAUGAUUUCGGGAGAGCGGCUCUUGGAACUCUUCAAGCAGCGCCCGACGGUGAUAGAUCGUCCCGGUGUUCCUAAGCUGACUUCAUGCAGCGGCCAUGUAGAGUUCUCCAAGGUCAAAUUCGCCUAUGACCAGAGAAAGCCAGCUCUACGAAACCUCACUUUUGAAUGUCGACCAGGUACUACAACUGCUCUAGUCGGGGAGUCUGGCGGUGGCAAAUCUACCCUGUUCCGGCUGCUGUACCGCUAUUUUAAUUGCCAAGCUGGUAGCAUCCGAGUAGAUGGCCAGAAUGUCAAGGACGUCACUAUUGAUUCAGUACGGCGCUUCAUAGGGGUAGUGCCGCAAGACACAAUCAUGUUCAAUGAUACGCUUAUGUACAACCUCAAGUACGCCAAUCAGAACGCAACCGAUGAAGAUGUCAUCGCAGCCUGUCAAGCGGCAAGCAUCCACGAUAAGAUUAUGUCUUUCCCAGACAAAUACUAUACCAAAGUUGGCGAGCGUGGUCUCAGACUCAGCGGUGGCGAAAAACAACGAGUAGCUAUUGCAAGAACACUCUUGAAGAACCCCAAGAUCAUAAUGCUUGAUGAGGCCACAUCGGCCCUAGAUACGCAUACCGAACAACAAAUCCAAUCUCGGCUUGCUAGUAUUGGCCGUGGCCGUACUAUGCUAAUCAUCGCGCAUCGGUUAUCUACAAUUACACACGCCGACCAAAUCCUGGUUCUCAACCAAGGUACCAUUGUGGAGAAAGGAACGCAUGAAGAGCUGUUGGAGUUGAAUGGCAAAUAUGCAUCUAUGUGGAAUCGGCAGGCCAAAGCUGAGAAAGCUGCGGAAGAUGCUAGAGCCGCUUACCGCAAGGCAGAAAAGCUGAUGCGCAAAGCCAAUAUCCCUUCUCCUGGAGGAGAACAUGGCUGUAAACAGGGUCAACAAGGCCUAGACGAGUCCAGUAGCUCGUCGGAUGAGUCAACUACCCCGAGCGGCAGCAGGCUCGCCGCACAACACGAACCCGCUGCGACCUACGAAGGUCGCAUCCAGAGUCACCCGAUGUCACCAAAACCGUAA